CAGUCGAUUUGGGUAGGUUUCGCGGGACUUCCGCUACGCGCAUGCGCAGUAUAUUGAGUUUAGCGCGCGGGACUACUCAAGGAAGUCUGCAGAACUGCGUGCUGCUGUUGUCUUUGCUCCAAAGUGUUUGAAACAUUUAUAUCUGACUUUAUUGAGUUAAUAGAACAUUGCCAGCAUGUGGAAUCAAGGAGGAUACAAUGACUCAAGUACGGUUGGAGGUUACACUCAAUCUCCAGGAGGCUUUGCAUCACCUGCUGCAUCCCAGGGAGGAGAGAAGAAAGGGAGAACUCGUGCCACACAGAUAAUCCCCUGCACAGUGUCACAGCUGAUGUCUGCCGCCCAGGCUGAAGAGGCCUUCAAAGUAGGCGAGGUGGAAGUUACCCAGGUUACCAUUGUGGGUAUCAUCAGGAGCACAGACAAAUCCAUGACCAACAUCCAGUACAAGGUCGACGACAUGACAGGCGCACCCAUGGAUGUGAAGCAGUGGGUAGACACAGAGGAUCCCAGUGUGGACAGCACCGUGCUGCCUCCAGGCACGUAUGUCAAAGUCUCCGGCAACCUGCGCUCUUUUCAGAAUCACAGAUCUGUCGUGGCAUUUGGCGUCAGGCCCCUGGAGGAUAUGAAUGAAAUCACCUCUCACAUGCUGGAGGUUGUUCAAGCGCACAUGAUGCUCGGCAAACCACAGAGCCAGGUCACGCCCCUUGCACGACUGGACACGGGAAACAAGGGAGAAGGCUAUUCAGGUGCCAAAGACAUGGUGAACAACGGGUUAAGCGCAAACCAGAAUCAGGUGCUGAGUUUGAUAAGAGGCUGCCCCGAACCGCAGGGCAUCAGCAUUCAUGAUCUGAAGCUGCGACUGACUGGGAUAAAUUUCCUUGUCAUAAAGCAAGCAGUGGAAUUCCUAAGCAACGAAGGUCACAUCUUUUCCACCAUCGACGAAGAUCACUACAAAUCAACAGACAGCGAUGAUUAGACGCCGUUCUUUGAGUUUAACCUGAUAUUUCCUUCAGUAUCUGACUAACAACUCAAAGCUUUCCACUAAAUCACCACCUCUCUGCCCUUGCCAUCGCUAAAACUUAAGUGACUUUCCAGGAUCCUCCUCAGUCACUGCACUGUGGUCGGUGUUAGCUGAAGAACAUGGAUUAGUUCGUUGAGACUGUUGGUUUACACAUCCUGUAUCCUCAAGGCUGCUUCUGUAUUUUGCCAGUCCCAGAGGUAAUGCUUUUGAGGAAGUGUUGUUGUUGGUAGUAAAUGCUGUUUCUCUGCGUUACCCACCUUUUUGUUUGAAAAGCAUUUUGUAAUUUUAAAAUAUUUUCAACGCAAGUACUUCAAUCGUUUUUCUUUGUCUGUGUAACUCACUUUUGCCAAAAUAAAAUAUUGUAUAAUAAAUAUUCUUCUUACUUCA